AAGAAAAAAAGCAGCAGCUAAAUAGAGGAGAAAAUAAAACCCCUCAUCACGGUGUUCAUCCAAGCGGUCGGCGUUUUGCUUCGGAUAGCUCACAAAGUUCAACUCUAGCAAUUUACGAGCCUUCGAAUCUGUUCUAUUGUACUAUUUUUGCAUAUUUUCUGAUUAUUGGCAAUCUUUAGAAGCGGAUUCUAUUAUCGGUUCUACAUUUAUUCUGUCUAAUUUGUCUGCAAAUACAAACGGCGAUUACUGCGACUUCGAAUAUAUACUUCUUCUCCGUUAUUGUUUAUGUUUAUCCAUGAUGAUUGGGCGCAAACUCUUCAAAACAAAGUUAUGCGUUCUUUAUCAGAAAGGACACUGUUCUCGCCCAAGUUGCUCGUUCGCUCACGGGAACGCUGAACUCAGGCGAUUUGCUGGUGCUUCUUCCGGUAGACAGGAAUAUAGAGAAAAUGAUUUACGGCAUAAGCUUGACAGCAGGCACUCUCCCCUGCAGGAAAGGGAUUCCAGAGGGCGACAUGGACCUCGUGAGUAUAGCUCAUCCUGGUCACUUGAACGAAAUAGUGACCAUAAAAGAAGAAAAAAGGAUCAUGGGGAUUCCCGUACUGAUUAUGCUGGAAAUUUGAGGAUUAUAGAUAGGAGUGAAGAGCGAGAUCGGGAAGGGAAAAUCUCAUCUUCUUCUAGAGACACUCUUGAGGAGCAGUUAAACAAGAUGCAGGCUGAUAUUGAGAUGGCUGAGCACCACAGACACCAAGCUGAAGUCUACCUGGAGGAGAAAAUCCAAGAAGUGGAUAGUUUGACUUCUAGAAUUCAGGAGCUAGAAUCUCAAUUAUAUAACGAGAGGGAGGAGUGUCGAAGGAUCAAAUCAAAAAUCAAGAAGUUUGUCAAAGCACAUAAUCGUUAUUCAGGGAUACAAGAUGAACUGAAGCGGUCGCAAUUCCGACUUCAACAGUUGGGAGAUCAGCUGGGGUCAGAUGUAAAUAAAAUUGGUGCCAAUGAAGAAGACUCAAGUGUCAACAUUGUAAGCGAUGGAGAGGACCCCAGCUAUCAUGCAGCCGGUCCUCUUCAUCACCUGCAUAAGGACACUUCUGCAAGCAAGAGGAAGUUGCAUGUUGAUCAAGAUAUUGCGGCAAACUCAAAACGAGCUGAUUUACACAAAGGAAGUAAAGAGGCAGUGGGAAGAUUGAGAAGGAUCUCUCGGUGGAAUGCCCAUCCUGCUAAAUCGGUGUAUAGCAAAAUUGAGGCAAUUCGCAAUGAAAACAAUGAUUAUAUACCUAAAGCAAAUGAAAGCAGGCAGAAGAGGGGAAAGGCAUCUAAUAGUGUUUCUACUGCAGACAAGGUUAGGAGUCUAGAUGCAGGUGUUGUAGUGCCAUUAACCAGCAUGGCUGCCCAUGCGGUUAAUGAGGAAGUUGAUAUUGAAUUGGAAGUUAACAAUGAAGUGAGCGAUCGGAGGGAAAGUACUAAGGAGGCUGCGUCGGGCAGCGUGCCUCUCCUGCCCCCUCCACCAUCUCCAAUCCAUAAAAUCAACCAUUCAAGGUAUGAGGGUGAAGAUCAAAAUAUAGAUGUGGAGGUGGUCGAUGAUGAAAGUGCGGGGUUGGACAAUGCUUAACUUUGGAUCCUACAGCUUUAGAUGGUAGAACAAUUGUUAGACCUUAGUCUAGUGAAAUUGGUUUCAUGGAGUUCGCAGGAUGGGGUUUUUAUGGGUCUUAUUGAACUCGUUUGUAAUUUCCAGUUUUAUUUGCAUAUCAGAUAUCGGCGACCUCCCUCCAUUUUACUUUUUUAUGGCAGAUUUUGAUUGUCAUUUUCAUAUUA